AUGGCUCCAUUGAUGGCUGCUGAGCCGACUGUUGUUGUUGUCGGUGGAGGAUUGGCUGGUCUUUCAGCUUCUCUUGAAAUCAUCACUGAAGGUGGGCGAGUUAUUCUCAUUGAAGGCGAGAAUAACACUGGUGGUAACUCAGCAAAGGCAUCCAGUGGAAUCAAUGGAGCGGGAACUGAUACGCAGGAAAAAUUAGGAAUUCAUGAUUCGCCCGAACUUCUUGUCAAGGACACACUCAGUGCAGGAGAUGAUGAAAAUGAUAAAGUUCUUGUGAAAAUCUUGGCGGAAAAAUCAGUGGAAGCUGUUCAAUUUUUGCGAAAUGUAGGAGUCGAUCUUACCGAUAUAAACUUGUGCGGUGGUCACUCUGUUCCUCGUACACACUGGAUUCCAUCACCAAAAGAAGGAAGACCUAUUCCAGCCGGAUUCGAAAUUAUGAAAAGACUGAGAACCAGAUUGAAUGAAUUGCAAGAGAAGAAUCCAGAAUCAUUCCGUCUCAUGACUCAAACGAAGAUGGUUGGAAUCGUCAGAGAAGAAGGAAAAGUGGUUGGUGUUGAAGUUUUAUCAGCUGAAGGGGAACAAUCAAAAGUGACUGGAGAUUCUGUUAUUUUGGCAACUGGAGGAUUCUCAGCUGACCGUUCGAAUGACAGUCUUCUUAGUGAAUUCGGAAAGCAAACUCUUGGUUUUCCAUCAACCAACGGGGCAUUCGCUAAAGGAGAUGGUGUUAAAAUUGCACGCGCCCUCGGAGCAAAGCUCGUCGGGAUGGAACGAAUUCAAAUUCACCCAACAGCUUUUGUUGAUCCAAAGGAACCAGCAGCCGGUACAAAAUUCUUGGCUGCAGAAGCUCUUCGCGGAAAAGGAGCUCUUUUGAUUAAUUCUGAAGGAGAACGUUUCGGGAAUGAACUUGGGAGACGAGAUUACACGACAAACCGCAUUCUAGAGCAUGCGAAACCAAUUGGAGAGGAUUUCCAAGGUGGAUCAGCUGAAAGAAAUGCUGCAAUCAUGUUAAUGAACGAAGCUACUAUUGAUGCUUUCGGAAGACCCGCGUUCAAUUUUUAUGCCAUUGUGAAAAAGUUCUUUAAAAAAUACGAAAAUUCCGAAGAAUUGGCCAAGGCGUUAAAUGUUGAGUAUUCUGUUAUCAAAGCGACAUUAGAUGAUUAUAAGGAAAUCUUCGAAGGAAAGAAAGAAGACCCAUUCGGGAAAAAGAUCGAUGAGCAUGCUCGUGUGAUUGACGAACAGGAGAAACCAAUUGAUGGUCUCUAUGCAGCUGGAGAAGUUACCGGAGGAGUUCAUGGAUCCAACCGACUUGGUGGAAAUUCCCUCCUGGAAUGUGUCGUUUUCGGUCGUGUUGCUGGACGUUCAGGGCUCCAAGUCGCCACUGAUGCAUCUCGUUCUGAGCUCUGA